AGUAAAUCGGAAGACUAUAUAAAAUGCAAUUAUGAAUUAAAUCAGUAUGUUAUCUGUAAGAUGCAUCUCACAACCACAUUCGUUCUUCUAGUCUCAUUCAUACUUUUGGGGGUCCAUGCAGAGCUAAUAGCUGUGCUGCAGGUUUUUAGGCAUGGGCAACGUACACCCGGAUCUUUUUUCCCCAACGAUCCAUAUCGAGAUUCAUCAUAUUGGGGAGGAUUAGCUUCAGGAGCACUAACUAAUGAAGGAAAAAGAAUGCAUAUGAAACUAGGUCAAUAUACAAGAAGUAGAUACUCAAAUUUCAUCCCCAAAAAGUACGAUCCAUCCUUUUUUUAUGCCCAAACCACAGAUGUAGAUCGUACGCAUAUGUCUGCUCAGAGUAAUAUUUACGGUUUAUUUCCUAUAUCAACAUCGGAUCAGAAGUGGCAAAACAAAAUAGAUUGGCAACCCAUACCCAUUCACCCUCCUGAUAGCGCCGUUUUAUUUAGCUCUUUUUUCCCACCAAACUGUCCAGCAUACACCAAAACAUUAGCAGCUGUAAUAGGUAGCCCAGAAUUUACAAAGAUCGACUCAGAAAAUGCUGAACUAUAUAAAUAUUUAACGAAUAAUAGUGGAAGCAAUGUCACGGACAUAAUGAGCUUAUAUGGUAUAUGGGAUCCUUUAAAAGCAGAAAAUUCUGCUGGAUUAAGUUUACCAGCUUGGACUAAAUCUGUAUAUCCCGAGCCUCUUCGAACAAUGGCCGGAAAAUUUUUUGAAUUAUUUACACACACGACCACAAUGAAAAGACUAUGUAUUGGACCAUUUAUGAAUGAAGUUGUGACCUACUUGGAAUCAAUGGCAGCUGAUUCCAGCUCGUCCUAUAAGUACAAAAUGUACAGCGCACACGACACCAAUAUGGCAGCAAUUUUGAAUGCAUUUGGUGCUUUUAGUCCCAGUUUUCCUCCAGCAUUUGCAUCCACAAUUUAUAUAGAACUGCAUAAAGAAAACUGGCAAAACGUAGUUAAAGUGUUUAACAAAGACGGAGAUACUCUCAAACAGAUCAGCGUUAACGGAUGUGACUUAAGCUGUCCAUUAUCUAGCUUUAGGCAAGCUUUAAGUGAUAUUAUUGUUGAUGUUGAUACCAGGGAUGCGGAAUGCAGUAGUACAGAAGAGACUAAAGUUUUAUUAGGAAGUUCAGGCACAACUGGUAAUAAAUAUUCUGCAGCAGAACUUGAAGAAAAAUUUGCAGGUGUUAUGACCUAAAUUUAUGUUAUUCAGUUUAACUAAAAAGUCUGUAAAAUCGAUUAUAAAACUAAUAAACUUGAUAUAAGACUUA